UUGUUUCCGAAAAGUGAACGUUUCACGAGUCAACAGCAACGUCUUUCGAGAAGUUCUAGGCGCUGUUUGCGACAUUUUUCAUUCUUUUAUCCGUCAUCCAAUGUUUAAUGUGAUGAAAUAACACGUCGGUUAGCGUAUAUUUACGAUAUUAGUGUUCAUAGUCGUAAUUAAGUAAUCGCUAGAUUACUCUGUAAGCUAAUAUGGGCGACGAAAGCCACCCGAAAACUCUCUACGUCGGUAAUUUAGACGCGAGUGUGACAGAAGAAUUCCUAUGCGCGUUAUUUGGACAAAUUGGCGAGGUAAAAGGCUGUAAGAUAAUCCGUGAGCCUGGUAAUGAUCCAUAUGCGUUUCUCGAGUUCACAAAUCACUCGGCGGCGGCUACGGCCCUGGCCGCCAUGAACAAGCGAGUGUUUCUCGACAAGGAAAUGAAGGUUAACUGGGCUACGAGUCCUGGCAAUCAGCCGAAGACGGACACUAGCAAUCAUCACCACAUAUUCGUUGGGGAUUUGUCACCAGAAAUUGAGACUCACAUUCUGCGAGAGGCUUUCGCUCCAUUUGGUGAGAUAUCAAACUGCCGGAUAGUUCGCGACCCACAAACGCUCAAAUCUAAGGGGUAUGCUUUUGUAUCAUUCGUGAAAAAGGCCGACGCUGAGGCGGCUAUUCAGGCCAUGAACGGUCAAUGGUUGGGUUCGCGCUCCAUACGCACGAAUUGGUCGACUCGCAAACCGCCUACCAACAGACCUAACGAAGGUGCGCCCAGCAGCAAGCGAGCCAAACAGCCAACUUUUGAUGAAGUGUAUAACCAGAGUUCACCAACGAAUACGACUGUCUACUGUGGAGGAUUCACUAGUAACGUAAUAACAGAGGAAUUAAUGCAGAACACAUUCUCUCAGUUUGGUCAGAUACAAGAUAUCAGGGUGUUCAGGGAUAAAGGCUACGCGUUUAUUAGGUUUACAACAAAAGAGGCCGCUGCGCAUGCAAUCGAAGCCACUCAUAAUACAGAAAUUAGCGGACACACAGUGAAGUGCUUCUGGGGGAAAGAGAAUGGUGGCGGUGAUAAUCAGAGUACGAACAGUGCGCCACCUGCACCGACAACCAUUGGAGCACAAACACAGUAUCCAUAUCCAUACCAGCAAGGCAUGGGGUAUUGGUAUGCCCAGGGCUACCCCGCGAUACAAGGCUACAUGGCCCCAGGGUACUAUCAGCAGUAUGCAGCCGCCUAUAGCAACCCUCAAGCUGCCGCAGCAGCCGGCUACCGCAUGAGCAUGCCGGGCGGCGCUGGCACGGGCGGCGGCGCAGCGUGGGGCGGCGCUCCGCCCGUCAUGUACGCGUCCGCUAUGCCCUCCGCACAGUACCCGUCGCAGUAGCUGCAGCCCUACGCGCCAGGCGUCCGCGCCGGCCGGGCCUGACUGUGACGUUGCACGCUUCCUUGGACGUACGUGAUCGGUGUAGACGGGGGUUUUAAUCGCAUGGGUAUUGUUAUGGAGCGUUUUUCAAAAAGGCUUUGUAAGAGUGCAUACGGAAUCUAUGGUCAACUCGUUCGUAUAGAUCACGUGAUCUGUGUUGACGGGGGUUUUUGGCGCGUUGGAGUAAAUCGCGUGGGUGUUCUUAUGGAGCAAUCUUUAAAAACUCUUCAUAAAAAUACACAAGUAAUCUAUGGUCAGCGUAUUGGUAUAGAUUACGGGGGUCUUAUGGAGCGUUCUUCAGAAAGGCUUCGUAAGAGUGCAUACGUAAUCUUUGGUCGACACGUUUGUAUAGAUCACGUGGGUAUUUUUAUGAAGCGUUCUUCAAAAAAUCUUCAUAAAAAUACACAAGUAAUCUAUGGUCAGCGUAUUGGUAUAGAUCACGGGUGUGCUCUUAUGAGACGUUCUUCAAAAAGGUUUUAUAAGAGUGCAUACGUAAUCCAUAAUCAAGAUGAUUUUUGUAUUCCUAUGAAACCAUCAUCUAAAAUGCUUCAUAAAAUGGGUAUUCUUAUGGAGCGUUUUUCAGAAAGGCUUCGUAAGAGUGCAUACGUAGUCUAUGGUCAACGCGCUCGCAUGGAAUGUGUGUGUAUUCAUAUGAAACGAUCUUCAGAAAGACUUCAAAAGAGUACAUACGUAAUCUAUGCUAGAGUAAUCAUAGAUUACUUAUGUAUUCUUAUGAAAAGUUCAAAAACGCUUCAUAAAAAUACACAUGUGAUUUAUAAUCGCAACAUAAAAACCCGUCUCAAAAACCUACUCCCACUUUUCGGCUCUAUCCAUCUCGCUCGCUCCAGUCGAAAUGUCAGUACGAAUGACAAGGGCAGAUAACGACUAAGAUACGGAGUAGCAGGGCUAGCCCCUCCCAGUUUCCGCAUUUUCUGAUCUAUUCAACCCUGACGCUGUAUGGCCAUGUUAAUACCUAUCUAUCCACGAUUGACUGUACUAGAGAUAGAUAUUUGACUAUUCGAAGACAGAUGUGAUAUUAAUUUCGGUCCUGAAUGAGUGAAUAGUCAGAAAAGUCGGAAACACUGCUCCCGCCUUGUUACUCCGUAUUUUACGCCCCUCUACCCCUUUCACUCGUGCCUUCGUUUCGACAGGAGACGGAUGGAGUCGAAAAUACGGUGUAGACCCCCUGUAGAAAAUGUGACUUCGCUCCGACCCGAAAACGCUCCCAGUCAAGUUAAAUAUUUAUUAUUGUUAUACAGUUACAGUUUUUGUAUGGUGCAUUUUAGUAUACAGUUCAUUAAAAAUAGAUGGAAAUGCCCGACUUUUUUAAAUUCUAAUUUUUCUUGACAGUCCUGCUUUUAUCAUACAGGGUGACUGGUUGAACAAGGAACAUUUUUGUACAAGAUAUUGAGUUCCUUGCACAAUUGGUGGUCCUGUAUAACUUGUUUUUUGAAAACUCAAAUGAAAAAGUGUACCUACUCCAUCUAAAAUUUACAAUAAAUGUUGAUGUUGAAUUAUGGAGCAGCUGAUUUCUUUCUGGAGCUUGUUAACAGUAGCCGAUUACGUACUUCCAAGGAAAUAUACAAUUUCAUAUUCACUCAUACAGGGUGGAGACAACUUAGUGUUUUGCCUGAUUUCUAAACACUGAGCUUUGUUUGUAGAAAAAAGGCAUAAUGUUGAUUGCUACUGUUAGUUAGCGGAGUGUAUAGCAGAGCUACACUUUCCGAUGUAUUGUGAUCAGCCAGUUACGCCUAUUCUGCUACUAAGAACUGAGUGUUAAGAAGUCGCGUAAAAGUAAUGUUUUUUUUACUAUGACAAUCAAGUUUUACUACGGGACCAACAUUGAAACAACUUGCUACCCUAAUACAUAAGGUCAAGAUGUUAGUUUUAUAAACGGCAAAGUAUCAAUGUUGGUGUUCUAGUCAAAGUUGUUGUUGACAGUACAUUACGGUUGUAAAUCGUUUGUGUCCACCCUGUAUUGCUCGAAUGUGCGAAUCGCGGGGUUUUCCUAACUUGGUUAUUCGAUUGAGAGGAUUUAGGAAAAUGAACCGGCAGAAUUGGAUUCCUAGUUUCUGAAAAAAUAUUAAGUGCCUUAUCAGUUAAUUGAGUAUUGAAUUUUGUGAUAGCCACUGCGUUUGGUUGUUAAAUAUUUGAUUAUGCAAACAGAGCUGCAUGAAAUUUGAUUGCUAACUGAAAAGCUAUUUGAUGGGUUUUAUGGAAACAGGAGUCGACUCUCGAUUUUUGUGAGCACUCUAAUGGUUGGUCUUCCUAUGUCUUAUCUUUUCGAAUGAUGAUUGCUUUUCUUUGGCACAUUUGCAAGACGAGUGCACGACUGCCCGUUCGUCUUGCAAAUCGCAUAGAAUCGCUCGGGAUUCGCACAUUUCGAGUAGACGCGACUGCGAUAAUUUUGGGUUGUGGCUAAAGUGCUUUUAUAGUUUACAAUCUCCCAACUCUCAUUUAUCGUAGUCGACACCGCCUACUGCACUCGAUCGCGCACACAACACACACACAAAAUUAUAUUCGGAACCCAUAAUUAUCAUGAGACUCAAACGCAGGAUCGCUCCUUAAUAUGUAUUUUAGUUCCCGAUAGAUUUUAGAUAUUAAAAUAUGUAUUAUGGAAACCAUGCGUAACUAAUACGCAGUUAUGUUCCUAAAACGUAUAUUUCGGAGACCAAGUGGGUAGUUACAAAUAAUUGUUACUGCAUUAUAAGACUGUACGGAGCAAUAAUAUGUGUCACUUAGUAACUAGAUUUGUCAUGAAAACAGCGGUACCUCUGUAAUAUUACGGAAUCAAUUCCUGCCAUUUCACGAUGACCAUGUAUUUUCGAAAUUUGUUAAAGCUAUUUGAGUCUCAUAAUAAUGGAAUUCUCAGUCACGAUCCGUGGAAUCAAUUUGUAAAUUGUAUAGUUUGACAAUAUUAUGCUGAUACAUCGAACCUCGCGGCCUCUCCCGCGAGUUAGUUCUUUUCGGGGCGCGGGGGAGGUCGUCCUGACUAGACUUUUCUUUUCCGUGUGUGUAAAAACAUUAACAACUGUAGAUCUCCUCAUUGUUUUCAAAGACUUCUGGUAAUAUUGUCAAGCGUGUACCCAAAUUGUUAGACCGUACAUAUCUCCAAGCUACAUCGAAGACGGCAGAGUGCCGGCAUUGUUGCGCAGGAGUGGUGCGCGCGGGCACGUGCGCCCGCGACUCGCGCUGGUGACGUCACACGACUCCCCGGCGUUGUUAGUCGACCUACAUAGAUAGGACAUAACGAAAUAAAUUAUAAAUUUUUAAAAAAGUUAUAAAUAUAUAAGGGGAGUAGUGUCGCGAGUGGCCUCGUGUACAUACGUUGAUAUUUAUUGGCGCCCUGCGCUGGCAGACUGAGAUAUCCCAGGACUACUCAAAAGACGCGCCAGUAAGUUUGACAUAUUUAUAAUUAUUAAGUUCGGCACAUGUUGUUUUGUUUGACCUUGUUAUGAUUUUGUAUGGAAACACUGGUAAGUCAAUAAAGCAGUGGGUCUGGGAAAAGAUGUUUGAUUUACCGUUUAUAUAGCGUUUACUGUAUUAUGUUUAUUUCUGGGUCCAAAAGUUUUUAUACGAGCCGACCUGACGGUCCACCCCUGUGGUCGGAGUCAGCACAAUAUACAUUCAGAUGAAGAGAAAUUAUUGUAAAGGUCAUUUUGUAAAAGGAAAAUAAAUAGUUUAAGUUUACUAUAACUUUU